AUGCACGUUUCUCACUCCCAUUGUUCUUCACCGGCUACUAUCAACAGGAGGUCUUGGCGAGGCAAAAGCACUAUUUUCUGUAAUAGUCGUGGUACGUUCUUCAUUCUAACACCGCCAAAAGACAUUCAGGCAGGACAUGAUCGUGUAGUCUAUAUCGAAGGGAUGCAAAGUAUGAAAAGACCGUUAGAAGUCUGUAGUCUAUAUCGCUUGUUUCUUAGCAUAAUUGCAGCUCUUCUUUACCAACCACUUGGUGCUGCUUCAGUCGUGGUACCCAGUACCAGUUGCUAUGUUCUUGACAACUCCAGCCACAUUUACGAUUUUAGUAGCUGGAUUGGAUAUACUUUGGAGUAUGAUGGGAAGGAUACUGAUUUGGCCAUUCGGUUUUGUAAAGAUGUGGAGACUAGAUCGCAACUGGGCUAUGUGGAUUUUGGCAGAUUUGAUAAAUUCAACUAUUUUGUUGCUGGUUCGGGACGCGUUAACUUUGUUCAAGAAUUUUACAAUGGUGACCUGCUGAAUUGUGAGCAUGGUUAUGACAAGAUGGGGCGGACCGCACAUGUAAAUAUCAUAUGUGGGAGUUGUCUAGAUGGACAAUGUAAAGGGGGAUUUGGAUGCAUAUGCAAUGUCACGUUUGAGUCAACUUGCAGAGUACUUGUUGAACUUGCCAUCCCAUGCGAAAAACAGGGUCUACGAGUAUUUGAGGGCUUCACAGUUGGUUUUCAUCCACGGUCAUGGGAAAUUGUUAACAAUGGCAUGACUCAACUGGGUUUUGAAAAGGUGUACAAAGAAUUCAGCUUCAAAACUGAACCGACUCAUGUAGACCUUUAUAUGACUGCAAUUGCUUCUCUUUCAAGUUUGGUUCAACAACCAAUCAUUAAGAUUUCGCCAGAACAAGGUUUGGAGGUCAGGUUGUCGGGUUCCGGAGCAACCGGGAGUCCACCAACAACUUUAACACCCACUAUGUUGAUGGUGGACUGGAGAUGUGAGAAGGCUCGGGAUAUUCCUUAUGAAGUUGAGAUUACUGUCCCAGUAGAGGGUUAUGACCCUAUUCAAUUUACUCUUACAAAGAUGUGUGAAUAUAGGCAGGGUGAAGGGGGAAAUGCUACAAGGGGAUGGGCUACAUUUGGAGUGCUUUCCUGCAUGUAAGCAAAUUUCAACUUCUUUUUUCAAUCUGUCAUGUCAUGAAUAUCAUAUGUUUGAAUAUGCAUGCAUCUGCAUCAUAUGCAGUGUUGGUUGGCAUAUGUUGCAUACCGAUGGUGUUAUUGGCCAAACUACUUCUAGAAUGUUCCUACAGGUGCUGUAAAUGGAUUAGUGAUGCAUAUAUUAUGCUAGUUCAAGGCUGUACUUAUGUUUCUAUCUCUUCUUUCAAAGUUAUAGAUCCUUUUGGUUACUUAAUUUCUUUGCCUAAUGGCAUAUGAACAAACUGGGUGGAGCAGCUUCCUUGUUUUUUCAACACUCUUCUGUUGCGGAGGGUUUGUUUACAAGACACGAGUGGAAAACCAGCAUGGGCUUGAUGCAUUGCCAGGCAUGACAAUAUUAUCAGCAUGUUUGGAAACAGUGAGUGGAGGAAGUCACAGCUAUACCCUCCCAGGAGAUGCUAACAACCCUUUUGUCAAUCAAGCUUCAUGGGAACGCAAGCCUGCUUCUAACCAAGGAACAUGGGGAGCAAGUGAAACAAAAUAUGGGUCAAUAUGACCUGACACGCUUCGAGCUUCAAUGGAACACCUGUCUUCUUCUGAUCAAGGAACGGGGACAAUAAGUGAAACAAAAUAUUGGUCGAUAUGACCUGAACUGCUUCUUAGAGCUUCAGCUCUUUAUCUACUUUUACUCGGCGAUUACAAAUAUAUGCAAGAGAAAUUCUCACAAAUUCACCUGCGUAGGAAACAUUUCUCUUCUUAUUGUUUCCUCUUCAUCUCAGAGCAUGCAGAUAGGCUGAGGCCUUAAAACUUGUUUUGUAAACUUAUUUUCUCCCAGAAGAUUCAAAAGCACUGGAUUCAUGUAUCACACUUGAUUGAAUAGUAAAGAUAUUAAAGGAGUCUUUUGCUUGUUUGACACAAUGUUAAAAAGAAAAUUUUCCUUCUCUGUUGUGCACCAUUUCUUCUCUCAUGUACUCUGCU